AUGGACGAAACCGACACCGAUGAAACUGACACCGAAAAAAUCGACACCGACAACACAGACGAAGCCGAGUAUACCUACAGACGAGCGUCAAGUGAUAUCAUGAACGACGUGGAGGUAUUCAGGGCCGCUCACCGGCGCGAAGAAAACGACGAGCUGAACAUCGAUCAAGAGAUGAUGUCGGAAACCUCCCACCACCACAGCUCGUACUACGAACACGUCGGACUGGACACCGGCCACAACAUGCCCACCUCUCCUACGUCCGGCGUAACAUAUCAAUCGUCUGCAAAUCCAGAUCAGUUCUCCUCGAUGAGAUCGGUACCGCCGGCCUUGGAAAUGCAUAGCGGUUUUCGCAAUGCAACAGUGCAAUCGGGCCUGGCUCCGUUUGAGCCCGGUGACGUACAGCAACGGUGGAUUGCAAGCGCGGAUAUCACUGCCUCUGGCCCCAGUGGACAUGUCAACUACGCGCACAGUGCCUACCAGGACGCCGCACCAAGAGAUCAGGCACUGUCAACCCCAACAAACUCCUCGCCGUAUCAUCGCGAAGGUGGCGGCACGUCCUUUGAUAAUGGUGAUCGACCCAAGCAGAGAUACGGCGACCGUGGUUCGAUUCACCGUGAAACGGCGUGA